GGACCUCUGCUCCCUGGUUUGCUGGCUUUGCCUUUCAGCGUGGAGAAGGUGUGGACCCUGCCCUGCUUUUCUUGGGGGGACAGACAUGAAUAUGUGUCACUUUUUUGUUAUCAGUCGCUGUUGCUCACAGAACUGAUGGGCUUCUCCUGUGCUCAGCCUCAUCCCCCUCGGAACAAUUUGGGCAGGAAUUUUAGAGUUAGCAAGGGGAGCAACGACAGGCUGUCCCAAUGUUUUGAUGCAGCAGGAUGUGAACUGAAGGCUAAAAUGACUGAGGAGUGUAGUGACUGAGAGAAAUUACUCUAUCUGACAUGGAUGCCAGUCUUUCACCUGGAGCCAAACAACUUUGUACAUCCUACAGUAAAAUCGCGAAGGUUGUUGGUGUUUGGGGGUAUGCCGGGGCAAUCCCAUCCUUGGGGAGGCUAGAAAAAAAGAUGCGAGCAGAAGUUAAUUUUAUUUAAAGCAUGAGUCAGUAUCAUCCAGCUGCAAUACUUACAGUUGCAGUGGCCCUGUGGACAGACAGGAAUGGCCACUUCGCUGCUGCCCUCAAAGAAUGCAGAUGCACUUGUAGGACACGUGAGAGAUGAUUUGAGGUUUGGAGUUGGCGACGAGUUUUUAGAUGUGAUCUACUGGUUCCGGCAGAUCAUUGCAGUUAUUUUGGGAAUCAUCUGGGGAGUAGUUCCACUGAAGGGAUUCGUGGGAAUAGCAGUAUUCUGCUUGAUCAAUGCUGGCGUUCUGUACCUCUACUUCAGUAGCUUCCAGCAGAUAGAUGAGGAGGAGUAUGGUGGGACAUGGGAGCUAACAAAGGAAGGAUUCAUGACAUCUUUUGCACUGUUUCUGGUUGUUUGGAUAAUCUUCUAUACUGCCAUCCACUAUGAUUGACACAGUCUGCAGCUUUUGCCUCUUAAAUCAGUCGUCAGUAAAUCAAGAAGGUUUUAAUAAAUCAUAGUUUUUAGUGGACUGGUGGGAAGGUGGGGGAGGUCAAAUCAACUCCCUUCUGUACCAGCGGUCUGAUUAGCCUGGAAGAGCCCCAGCUCUUCUUCUGGAGAAGUCCGUCUCUAUUUUAUAUACCCAUUAAUUGUUGGAACUAUUAAAAAGCCAUUGGAAUUUUUGGAAGUGGUUCAAGACUGUUCAAAUUUGGAACUUUCUGUGACUCUAGCCAGUAACUCUGUCAAACUCCUGUGUGCUGAAGGUUGAAUCUGUUAAUUUAAUGUAUGUAUGCCCUUCUGUUUGAAAUCUGUCAUUAAAUCCUGAAUUGUCUUCCAUUGUUGUCCUUUAGACAAACAAGUUUUUAAAAAGCAGUUGUAGGGUACGUGGGAGGAAGGCACUGCAGCAUCCAGGAUAUGAGUUGAGUGGCUGUCUUUAGCAUGUUUUUGUAGUAACCAGAUCUGAUUUGAUUAAGCAGACUAUGUUGUUACCAUUUCUAAUAUUUUUUUGGUUUACUUGCAAAUCAGUUGUCAACCAGAAUUUUUAAAUGGUCUUUGCCGAAGACAAAUUUUUAAGCAAUUUUGCUAGAAACAAUUGUGAUUCAUUUGGUUAACGAAGGUGUAUUCAGGAGGCUUAGAAACUCUGCUGCAUUCUGCUAGCCUGGCUACUAAGUUGCCAUCACAUACCUCAGAGCUUAGUAGUCUUGAAGGACAGUCAUUCUGGUGAUACUCUUUUAAAUGUUAAGCGUUUAAAUGCUUUUUUUUUAAGCUCUUGAAUUCAACUGCUCCUUGUUAAUAAAUGCAGGAGUCUAAGACACAAUUGAGGCAGCUAUUAUCUUAAAUGCAGAAUUACUAACUUGCAAAUCAGGCAAAGUAUACAGCCUCUGGUUUGUGAGGUGCUUUUUAUGAGUUGAUCAUUUCAUAGUUCAGUUCCUCCCUAGUCGUGCUCUUUUUGUGCAUGAAUGGGGGAGUCUCUGCUUUAAGAUAUUUUUAGGGAUGUGUCUUUCAGAAAUAACUCUUGGGAAACACGCACAGUCCUUGUUAUUGCCAGAGGACCUUGUAGUCUUGUUGCCAUGUGGUCCUUGCUUUUCUAAACAACAGCUCAGGCACCCAAAAAGAGUCCUGCCCUAAAGCUGCCUUAGAGUGAAGAGUUGAUAGUUCUAGUGUGCUCUUGCUGAAAGUCUGCAUUGCUUCCUCACUGGUGGAAGUCUAACAGCCUGGUUCUCACACGUGAGGAUGCCAAGCCAGGGAUCUAAAUAUCCAAGUGCUGGGCUAGGGCUCCAGAAUCACCCACCAGUGUAGGCCUCCAUUCUUAUCAGGGAAAAUGCUGUCUGUUCUUGGUGGGGAAAACACACCUGGCUAUUUUAGGUCCUUGGGAUGCCAAGGGAAGAGUGCAAUAGCAGGCAGCUUCUGCUACUUGUGAGUUGCCAAUUUAAGUAAGUGAUCUCAAAUAAAAAUUUGCAUAUUUUCUCUUCCAUAUCCCCCAAUUUGCUCCGUCUUCUAGUCUGAUACUUUAUUUUCCUCUUCUUUCAGCUGAAAGCAUUAAUUUCCUACAAGAAUUGCAUAGCCUGCUGCUUUUAGGUCACCUUUUCCUACUGGCAUCUGUUUGCAUCUUAGCUGCUCACAACCGUCAGUAAAAUCAUUGUAUACUUGAAAUGCUCUAAUAAAUGUCGCCUGGAUAAUCCAC